CUGUCACAGAUCCUCGUCUCCUCCGCUCAGACUUGCCUGGAACGCGUACCGAGCACCUCGGCUCCCUUUACCUCCGCACAUUUGCUCGCACACCCCUCAUGGCGCAAGGACAGAUCAAGGGUCUCUCGAAGCAAAAGGCCUCGGGUGGCCGGCACGCCGCGAAGGCCGCGGCCGCUCCCAAGAAGGGCCAGCGGUACGUCGCGCCCAAGAAGGCUGCGGCAGUCAAGUCGGUCGCACUGCACAAGAAACUGAGCGCGAAGAUCAGCCGGAGCAUCGAGCAGCAGGUCGCCACCGCUGCGUCCUCGGGCAAGCUGACCAUCAUGCGGAACGUCGCGAUGGAAGGUGUUUCUGCGGACAAGAGCGCGAAGGCGAAGAAGGCGUAAACUUCUUCCUGCAAUACCCGCGAGGGCGAUGUCGUCCUCGAGUCAGAUUGUCGGAGUCCUCCGCCCGACGUCGGCCUCGUGCAGCUGCUUCCACACCGCACUGGCCCCCAGCCACUGAAUGGCCCCCUGCGGAAAUGAUCGUGCAACACCGCCCUGCUUUAUUGCGGGCCACUUCUUCGGAUAUGCGACUAUGCCAGUUCCGACACAUCUUGCGUCAGCACUUAUUUUGGAAGUGUCUGAUACGCCCGUCCAUACCAUGGAGACACGAGACGAUCACGUAGCUGUAGAACAUUCUGCUAUUCUUGCGACACACCUUUGUAGGCUACUCUCCGGCGCGGCUGCGAAGCCGCGCCUCGAAUGCAAUGUAUUACAAGGCGACAUAAUGAGAGCGAGUGACAAC